AUGUCACUGGCGCAGAUAGCAGCUGAAGGGGGCUAUUCCUCGGAGCGAGAGAGGACAAAUCAAGAUGCGAGUGAAGUGCAUGGAAUAAGAUUAGCGACGCGGAGAACGAGAAGAGAUGGUGGUCUGCGGAGAGAGAAGCAUGGCAAUUUCCUAAAAUGGAGCUUUACAGCGACCUCCGAGGCACGUGCUCCAGCGGACCUCGAAUUCGGAACACUUGAGCGAUGCCGAUCGCUAUUCACGAAUUCAGCUUCCGUGAUCGUCGAAACACCGGGUCAAGUAGUGAACACCUCUCGUCCCAGCCUCAGCCUGUCGGACUGUUCAGUCGGUGCAAGCUUAUAUCCGACCACGCCUGUCCAAGCAACAGUCUGGCGCAGCGGUUGGAACAACGUAACAUGGAUAGAUUCUGACGCAUCGCCAUCGCUUGCAGAAAUGGGGCCGUGUUUUAUGGACCUCUGGGUAGACGACAAUGAGCCCAAACACCUCACAAACUUGGCAUCCGACGUGGAUCCCCAGCAAUUGUUUUAUCGUGCAUUUAUACCAGCGGAUCUCUGGGAAAAUGCGUCUAAUUUCUUCAUCGUAUUCAGCAGCGACAAUCCCCCUGUAAAAUACUACACAGCGGACUUUACCCUCACUGACAUGACUGGCAACCGGACUUCCACUCCUGGCGAGAAGCUCCGUGAAGCACCCGCCUCCUCAUCUCCAGAGUCUGCCACUUCAGAAUCUUCCUCUCGGACGUCCGGCCCCGGUGGCGGUAAUAACGACCUGGUGACAGUGACUAUGGAGAUGUCAGACACGAGCGCUGCGCCUUUCCCCACUGUGCAAACAACCUCGGCGGCAGGCGGAGCAAAUCCGGUCAGUGCACUGACGAACGACGCGUCAAAUGGAGGAAGGCACGUACACAAGCCUAGCAUGCGAUUCAAUUUUGUUUUUGUUCUUUUCCCUGCGCUCUUUGGACUGGCACUGGCUCUCUAG